AUGGACGGCAGCAUGCCUCCAGGAAAUCAUGAGCCCGAUGAUUUUCCCAUGACCGACGCUGGCAAUGAAGCUGGCGGCAUGUUCGACUCCAUGCUGGCGGAAAUAGACACAGAUUGGGGCAACACCCACUCACAAGACCCAUUCAUGUUCCAAACUGAGAACGAACAAGACAACUACAUCAACCCUGCACAUUUUGCCGAGGCUUUGGGCUUGCCUGACAUUUACAGUGCUAGUCUAGCUACCUCUGGAGCUCGUCAAGAGGAUCAGAUAAUUAAUCCUUUCGCCAUUACUUCGUCUCCUAUUUACCCAACUGAACCAGUUGUCGUCUCGACUCCUAGUCGUCAGCAAGCAAGUAGUUCCGCUCCUUUAUUGAACUCUUCUCCCCUAUCUGCAACUUUGUCCACUCCAACACAUAGAGAUAGGGGUCAUUACGGUUCAGCACGCCGUCGUUCAGCUGCUUCAAAUAACUUGCAGACAAUUGCACCGAGUCUUGGACAAGAAGCUGCGCGGGCCGACCCUGGAUACACAUUUGAGCCGAUUCCUGAACAUCAGCAGGGCAUUGUAAGCCCGGGAUUUUUCAAUGAAAAUACUCCUGGGUUUCUGCCUAGAGGAGUACAACUGGAGUCUCAGAACGCUAAUUAUGACAACUAUUUUCACGCUCUUGGAGAUCAGGGCUCUUCUAGUUUCGCCGCUUACCUCGAUGCGUUUGAGGGUGCUGUUGGUGGAUACGAUAGCCAGGAAACGGAGCCUGAUACCACCCAAGCUGAAGCUGAGAUGGCACGGAUUCAGAAUGCACUUCAAUAUCUCACUCAGUUCCCUGUCCUCCCUGGCGUUACUCCCACAUAUACGAAUGACAACGCUGCUCUAAAUGCUCCUCCAAGCUACAAUCCUUAUGGUGUCCAAGCAGGUUCGAACGGGAGCACCGAUCCAAAUGCUUUUCCAACUUACGUCCCUGCUCCCAUCGUGGCUCCCACAGCAGUUCCUACGGCAGCCCCUAUUGCCGCCCCUGUCCAAGCAAAUGCGAACUGGAGUACUGCUCGGAAUACUGUGGCCGGACUGAAUAUUCCAGGUGAUGUUGAUCCCGAGCGCAGAGCCAAGAUGCUAGAAAUUGCCAGUGUUGCUCAUAUGUUGCUUACGCGUCAGGAUACGCUCCGUGGUGCCCAUAAAGCUAAACUCAUACAGGCUGGGAGAGCCGCUGAUGAAGAUAUGAGACAGAAGGCAGCUAAACGUGCAAGAAAGGAAAAUGCGAAGAAGACCCAAGCUCCUGCUGUUCCAGCAUCUAGAAACCAGCCAGAAUAUAUUAACCAACCAGCAUCUACAAACCCUACCAGCAGAGCUCGUGGCAGACAAGCAUCCAACACGGUCAAUCCUACCAUAGAACAACGCGUUGCACAGUUCUGGAGAGGUCGUCGUGAUAGAUUCGGUAAUGAACUUCAAGCCUCAUUCUUAUGUCACGGUAGUAUGAUUCAGUUUGAGCCAGGCGCUGGACGUUGGAGUACCUCAGCUGCGCAGACUAGAUCAAACCGAUACAGCGAGAAGCUUCCAGAAGAGCACCCCAGGCUUUCGGAAGAUACCCCUGAACAGGAACAACCUCAUUCUGAGCUCAUGUUGGUCAGCGUGAUCAUGACGGAGAAUAAUUUCGAUCGACCUGUGCACUCAGGACAAGUCGUCGUUAUGUCCUACAAUCUAAAAACACACUGGUCUAAGAGAAUCAACGUAUGGGCAUGGAAUCGAUAUCCCAUGGCACGAUGCAUGGACGAAAUAGCCAUCGUCAUCACGCCGUUUCAUAUCAUCUUUGGACGGGUCCCGCGCACAACCAAUGAUGCAAUCUUGCAAUCUGACUGGAGAUGUAUCGUGGGUCUCAUAGAUCGAACACUCAGGAUUCCCGUCUUUGGCGCCGAGGAGAAAACCUGGGCGUUCAUGUACCGCCUUGUACCAUGCACCAUCGAAGAUCAGGGAAAAACGGCCACAAGUUAUCCUGAGGCGAGUGAAUCGGGUAUGCAGUUGAUGGAUCAAUUGGGGUCCGAUAUCGUGUACAAUAAGAGAUUGCGCCAGAUUCCUUACUACAUUCCUCCAGUUGGCGACUUCGUGACAAGAUAUGAAUUUUGCAUUCGAGUUGGCCAUUUCGGCAAGGCAGGUCAACAUGACCGUCCGCAUGUUGAAAUCACCGACCUUGCGGGACGACGUGUUAUCGAUGAUUGA